AUGGCCAACCGACAAAUCACAAGGCGCAUCGCCAUCAGCGUCGCAUUGUCGAUAUUCUUCAUCUUAUUCCUCUUCAUUCGACCGCAAGGCCCCCCGAGCCCUGCGAUUCGAGCCCCCGGGCACAUCACCCAUGAAUCCCUACCCGCGCCGGCUAUUUCUCUCCAAGAUGACUUACUGAAAGGGUCUGUGGUGAUGCCGAAGCUCGGAAACGCAACAGUCAAAGCCGAGCUAGGCCGUGCAACAUGGAAGUACUUCCACACCGUUAUGGCGCGAUUCCCCGAAAAGCCCACUGAAGACGAGCAGAACGCCCUUCGCUCAUUCAUCCAUCUCUUCGCGCGCCUAUACCCUUGCGGUGAAUGUGCCGAGCAUUUCCAGCAACAAUUGAACAAGUACCCGCCGCAAGUCUCAUCACGGAAGGCCGCGGCAGGAUGGGCUUGCUUUGUCCACAACGAGGUCAACGAGAUGUUGGAGAAACCGGAAUUCGACUGUAACAACCUGGGCGCAUUUUACGAUUGCGGUUGUGCAGAUGGAGAGGAUGGUGAGAAUGGCUCGGAGAAUAAGGAUGAGCGUUCAACCACGACCCGUACCGAUGCGCAGGCAGGUGGCUCGGACCAUGACCACUUGCUUGUAGAAAUAUCCAAGGAAGCGACCACCCGUGGCUGA